AUGAUGCACAACUCUUUCUAUGCCGCGGGUUUCAACCUGGCGGAUGGGACAAACGACGAUGCUCAACACCACAUGGCAGAGAAGAUAUUGGAGAAGGCGGCGCCGGUGUCGCGGAGGAAGAUGCGAGUUCUCGCUCUUCACGGUUCGUAUUCUUCCUUGGAAAGAUUCCGCGACGUACCACAUAUCCCCUGACAUUUCCUCAUCAGGCUUCGGUCAGAGCGGCGACUACCUGCGCAUCGCGAUGAAGACGAAACAGCUGAGCAGCUACGUCAACGAAUCCCUCUCCGUCGACCUGCUCAGCCGCUUCGACGGCGUCGAAUGGUUCUGUCCCGACGGCCCGCUGAAGAUGAUCCCGGACGUCCGCUACGAUUCCACCGACCCCGAAGACGUCGAGACAUAUGCCUGGUACUGGACGCCUCAGAGUUUCGAGCAACGCCACGAACACCUCUUUCCCGCGCUCGAAUACCUCGCCAAAUACAUCACGGAAGAAGGGCCGUUUGAUGGAAUCGUCGGCUUCUCGCAAGGCGCUACGAUCGGCAUGAUGCUCGCGAGCUGGUGUGAGAAUUCCGCAGAACGGAGGAUCGGACUCGCGACACAAGGCUCCCCGUUCCUCCUACCCUCACCACAAUCCCCCUUCAAAUUCGCAAUCUCCUGCUGCGGUUUCCAGGGUUCCCUCAAAUAUUAUUCCGGCUUCUACAGCUCCAAGAUCCACACCCCAUCGCUGCACCUCUUUGCGGAAUUCGAUACGAUGGUCAGCGCCGAACAAUCCGCCAGACUAGCAGAAGCCUUCGAAGACGCCACUACGAUUCAUUUCCUUGGAACACAUCACGUGCCCACACAUCGUAAUAGUCUCUACGAAAUGGCGAGAUUCAUGGCUAUGGCGUGUAAUAAGCAAGAACAGCCUGUUGCGCCGACGAUGGAGUAUGCUCUGCCGACGGAUGCCUUCAGUAAAGAGCCGGCGAUGAAAGUUGCGCAGGUUUCGUUUCCUGGGACGGAAACGCCGUUUUCUUCCGCUUCUACUUCGCCUUGUUCGAGUUUGUCGGGAUUUACUUCGGAAGAGUCCGUGAAAAAGUCGAGGGUAAUGGUUCUUAGGCGUACGACUACCAUUCGGAGGGUGGCGAGCUGGUCGACCCGGAAGAGGUGA